AUGGCUCGUGGCAAUAACCGUCCUCCACCUUCCUCAGAUCCUUCUUCUGGUUCAUCUUCUACAAUGGAAGAUGCUUCCAGUCCUUAUUCUCUUCAGGGAAGUGAUCAUCCUGGCCUGGUUUUGGUAACCCAUUUUCUUGAUGGAACCAAUUAUAGCUCUUGGAGUAGAGCCAUGCUUAUUGCUCUUACUGCUAAGAAUAAAUUUGUCUUCGUUGAUGGAUCUGUUCCUCGUCCCGCUGAUGCUGAAUUGCUCUUUCCUUCGUGGAACAGGUGUAACUUAAUGGUAAUCUCUUGGCUUCUGAAUUCUGUAACUAAAGCCAUUGUUGAUAGCUUGAUCUAUUUUUCCAAUGUUUCUGAUGUCUGGAAUGAUUUGCGCACUCGAUUCCAACAAGCAAAUGGCCCUCGGAUUUUUCAAUUGAAGCAAGAAAUUGCCUCCCUGCACCAAGGUUCACUCGAUGUGAAUACCUAUUACACUAAGUUGAAGACUCUCUGUGAAGAGCUUCAGAGCCACCUUCCUCUUCCUACAUGCACCUGUGGAGGAUAG